CAGCUCCGCGCAUGCUCAGCAUCAACUAGAGUGGCAAUACAUACCGGCUCACGGCCAGCCGCGGCGCCUGCGCCGUAGCGGCCUGGAGUCGGUACGCGUAGGACGUUUCUCGAACCUUGACUCCGGGCCUCCGCAAGAACCUCUUUGUGCUUAGUGUCCUGUGCACACUCCUUGCAAGCGACGGAGCCAUGAGUCUGACUUCCAGCGUACGAGUUCACUCCAUGCUGGGAAUAGACAACUCUCCUCUGAGGCUGAGGCUAACCAGACUAUGCAGAACUUUCUACUCUCCAACAUUCUGUGGAACUGGGUUGAAUGGAUCGCAGCAGUUACUAUUGCUGCUGGGACAGCUGCAGUUGGUUAUCUAGCUUACAAAAGAUUUUAUGUUAAAGAUCAUCGCAACAAAUCUAUGGUAAACCUUCACAUCCAGAAAGACAACCCCAAGAUAGUACAUGCUUUUGAUAUGGAGGAUUUGGGAGAUAAAGCUGUGUAUUGCCGUUGUUGGAGGUCCAAAAAGUUCCCAUUCUGCGAUGGAUCUCACACAAAACACAACGAAGAGACUGGAGACAACGUGGGACCUCUGAUCAUCAAGAGAAAGGAAACUUAAAUAGACAGUUUUGACACUGCAAACAAACUUGUCAUGAUGUUUUCUGAUUGUUUAAUUAGAAUGACUAUGACUUCUGUCUAAUUCACCUCUCCUGGGUCCUAGAUGUUGUCUGUUGGAAACUGCAGCUUUCAUAUUCAUGGCAUUUGCCUUACUUGUUGAACCAUUGUGGUGCACAUUUGUUUAAACAAAAAAAGGAAAAAGUAAAAACCAAUUUCAUGGCUUGUGGGUUAUUUUGGUCUUGUAAGGAUCCGUUUCUUUAUGUUUAAUUAUAUUAGAAUAUAGUUCUGUAUUAAAGUUGCUAUUAAAUUAUUGUCAAAAUCCUGUAUAUGCAGGUUGUACUUAGAAGUUUCAAAGAAAAUUACCACCUUUUAUUUUUUUUUUAUUUGACAGAGAUCACAAGUAGACAGAGAGGCAGAGAGAGAGAGGAGGAGGCAGGUUCCCUGCUGAGCAGAGAGCCCAAUGUGGGGCUCGAUCCCAGGACACUGGGACCAUGACCUGAGCCGAAGGCAGAGGCCCUAACCCACUGAGCCACCCAGGCACCCCAAAUUACCACCUUUUAAUAUUACUUAGUUAACCUAGAAAGUAAAUUGGGUGUGAUUAAGGUAUAUUAAUCUCUUAAUAUAGGAAAAACCUGUUACGACCAUGAUUCUCUACUUGACAGAGAUGACACUGAGAAAAUAUAACUUCUUUAUUUUCAUAGUUUUUAAUCAAAAUGAACUUGGAAUGUUAUUCUGCUUAAUUAUAAGUGGGCCGGACCUAAAAUAAAAGGGCACAGUAGCUUCUUUAUUCAUUUUCAUGAGUAUUUAAUUGACCCAUGAAAGGAACCAAUACUGGAAAUUUAGAUCAAAGUGAUACUAGAUUUAAAGUAGUCAUGAAGAAUGUCUUAAAAUGUUAAUGUUCCAGGGUUCUAUUCCAAGAAGUGGCACUUGUAGCAGGAACAUUGAAAGAUUUGGAACACAUGAUGUCAAGCCUCUUGAACAGAGAGCCACACAUCCAUGACAGAAAUAGUAGUCACAAAGCUAGAUCAAAGGCACAGGUAGAUUUUAUUUCCCACUCUCCAAAAUCAGGCACAUGCAUAUUUCUAGUAAAGAAACUUGGGGGAGUAAAACAACUACAUUCUCUUAAAUUACAUGAUCUUAAAAGCAGAAAUUUGAAGACAAGUUUUUGUUUAUAUAAUACUUCUCAAAGACUCAGAAAUAUUGCAUUCAUUCCUGAUUCAGAAAAAAAAAUGAAAACUGAAAAUAAUUAGGAGCAAUAAAAAUAUUAAGACAGGAGUAGUUGACGGGUGGAUUUUUAGAGAUUAGUUCUUUGGGUUUUAUGGAUUAGAAGGAAAAGCCAGGACAGAAUAUAUAUGUAAUACAAACAACUUGACAAAGGUAACAAAAAUAUUCUUAUCAUUUCUUUUAAGAAGUCUACUUGAAUUCUCAGUAGUAGUCAAUAACAAGUUUCUAUGUGGUAAAAUCCAGAAUUACCAUGGAAGUCAUAGGAAUCAAACCAAAUAUCAGCAUUCCUAUAUUUCAUGUAUGAUCAGUGAUAUUUUCUAAAUGUACAGUUUUGUGUAUUACAGUAGGUAAAGUUUUUACCAGAAUUGUGUAUACUGAUAUUAAGCAGCCUAUAUGACUUAAUAUGGAUGUGACUUUAAGACACAUCUUGAAUACACAAUCUAAAAUACUACAAACCCUGAUUCUGCCUAUCAGUUUCUUAAGGUGAAUUUCUUUCCGUACCUCUGCCUCCUGUUUUAAGUAUGAGUGGGUCUGCAAAAGAAGCAUCAUGCUUUUAAAGGUUGAUUGUUUUAAGGAAAAAAAAUCCAUGAACUCCUGGUUUCUGAUAAAGGGGCAUCCCUUUAACAGACUAAACUGUAAUUUAAUUUUAAAUUUGAAAUUACGCUAUUGGUCAUGCAUUUUUAUAGCUAGUGAGGGGCGGGGAGGAAAUUAGUGCCAAUUCUCAAAACUAUUUUUCAAAGGAAUAAGAUUAUGUGUUUGUUUAUGGUGGAAUUAGAGGUGAUCGCCUAAUUGAAAUGCAGGUCUACUGUAGAAUUUUGUUAGUCCAAAAUAAUGAGAUAAAUGUAUCUUCAGGGUCAUGUUAAAAUUUUGUUUCAUGCUCUUGAACUAGAAUUCCUUUAGAAUAUUAAAACUUUCCUGUUACUUAACCUAAAAAAAUUAAGUGGGUGUGGUUAAAUUAAUGUGAUGUUUUUACACAGAAGUCAUUGUGUGUAAAUACUGUUCUCAUUUAAGCACCACGAAGUAUCUGAUUGCUUUUUUUUUUUUUGAGAAAUCAGGCAAAUUGGGUUCCCCAACACCACCACUAUUUUUUUUCUCUAUACGUUAAUGUUCCAGUGAUUUCCAAAAUAGGAUUCCAUGCUAAGUUGAGAGUUUCUAAUGUUAGGAAGAAUCUUGUUUUGCAGUGAUUGAAAGUGACACUCCUCUGUUAGUACAACAGACAUUUAUUAAGCAUCUUCCAUAGACCAUGUACUUGAGAAUGAAACAUUUUGGAUAAUUAAAAGCUUACAGAUAAGAUUAUAUCAUUUAUGAUGUAGGUUACAUAAUUAUGAUAAUUUAUGAUUUGGGGUUUUCCUUAAAUUAUACGUAUGGCUGUGUAUAACAAGUCUUUAUACUACAAAGUAAGUGGAUUUGAAUUUUCAUUAGUUAUGAAGGAUUUGGGUUUGGUUUGGUUUUAAGAUACACAUUGAUUAAGGUUCCUAAUUAGCAACAUGUUAAGUGAUUAUGUUUCUGUGAGAGUGUAUUAUCUACUAGUUGUCAGAAGCGAUGCUUCCUCUCUGAGUUUAACACAAGCUGAUUUCAGGCAAAGCCACUCACCUCUCAGCCUCUAUUUAAAAUGGUUGGAGAAGAUGGCAUUUUAGGCAAUUUAUUUGCAAAUUUUAGGACAACCCUAAAUUUUCAGCAUCCAGAAGGGGAAAAAAAAGUAAAAGGCUGAUAGGUAAUCAGCUUGAAUUUAAUUCUUAUUAUAAGAUCAUUCCAACUUUUGUGGUAUUGAAAUAUCCUUUUAUGAAAUGUUGAUAGUAUUAUUAGUUGCUUUAAAGUAUCCUUACUUGGCAAAAUAAAAAGUUGACAGCUCUG